AACCGCCGUUUACGUGUGUGUGUGUGUGUGUGUGUGUGUGUGUGUAUGUGUGUGUGUGUGUGUGUGUGUGUGUGUGUGUGUGUGUUCUUCCAGGAGAGGCGUGUUCGUCCCAGAGGAGCGCUCAGACCUGGAGCAGCUGUUGUGGAGACUGGCUCAGGGUGGCGGUGUGAUGGCGUCCUCCCCCCCCGUCCCUCAGUACCGCUCCCCCCUCGGUCUGGACCUUCACAGCCUCUUCAUCAGGUUCUGUUUGGACCACAGUCUUCAGUACCUGCUCUACUCCUACCUGGACCACUUCAGGUCAGACCUGAGAAAGUCCUCCGUGUGAAGAGUCCAGUUUUUCUUCUUCUUGUACAAGUUUCUUUUCUAUCUGUCCUUCCUUCCUUCCUUCCUCAUUUCCUUCCUCACUCCCUUCCUCCCUCCCUUACGUCCUCCCUUCCCCCUUCCUUCCUCCCUCCCUUUUUUCCUUCCUUUCUCUCUCCCUCCCUCCUUUCCUUCCUUCCUUCCUACCUUCCUCCCUCCUUCCCUCCCUCUCUCCCUCCCUUCCUUCCUUCCUUCCUCCCUUAUUCCCUUUCCCUUCCCCCUUCCUUCCUCCCUCCCUUUUUUCCUUCCUUCCUCUAUUCCUUCCUUCCUCCCUCCCUCCCUCUCUCCCUCCCUCUCUUCCUUCCUCCCUUCCUCCCUCCCUCCCUCCCUUCCUUCCUCCCUCCCUCCCUCUCUCCCUCCCUCUCUUCCUUCCUCUCUCUCCCUCCCUCCCUCCCUCCUUUCCUUCCUCCCUUCCUUCCUCCCUCCCUCCCUUCCUUCCUCCCUCCCUCCCACCCUCCCACCCUCCCUUCCUCUCUCCCUCCCACCCUCCCUCCCUUCCUCUCUCCCUCCCUCCCUCCUUUCCUUCCUCUCUCCCCCCCCUCUCCCUCCUUCCCUCCUUUCCUUCCUCCCUCCCUCCCUCCCUUCCUUCCUCUCUCCCUCUCUCUCUCCCUCCCUCCCUCCCUCCUUUCCUUCCUCCCUCCCUCCCUCCCUCUCUUCCUUCCUCCCUCCCUCCCUCCCUCUCUUCCUCCCUCUCUCCCUCCCUCCCUCCCUCUCUUCCUUCCUCCCUCCCUCCCUCUCUUCCUUCCUCUCUCCCUCCCUACUUCCCUCCCUCCCUCUCUCUCUCCCUCCCUCCCUCCCUCCUUUCCUUCCUCCCUCCCUCCCUCCCUCUCUCUCUCCCUCCCUUCUCCCUCCCUCCCUCCCUCUCUCUCUCCCUCCCUUCUCCCUCCCUCCCUCCCUCUCUCUCUCCCUCCCUUCCUCCCUCCCUCUCUUCCUCCCUCUCUCCCUCCCUUCCUCUCUCCCUCUCUCCCUCCCUCCCUCCUUUCCUCCCUCCCUCCCUCCCUCCCUCUCUCUCUCCCUCCCUCCCUCCCUCUCCCUCCCUCCCUCCCUCCUUUCCUUCCUCUCCCUCUCCCUCUCCCUCCCUCCCUCCUUUCCUUCCUCUCUCCCUCCCUCCCUCCUUUCCUUCCUUCCUCCCUCCCUCCUUUCCUCCCUCCCUUCCUCAGUUUCAUUAACCACACUCCUGUCCUCCGCAGGUUGACGCCCAGGAACUGUCCCCUGUUGACCAAUCAGAGCCUCUCUGUCAGUCAGCCGUGGUUCGAGAUGUUGGUGAGAAUCCAGGAGAUCACCAGAGACCUGUCAGGUACUGAUCCGCCUCAGUCCGGUCUUUAAAGUUCCGGUUCUGGAUCUUUGAGGAGGACUCCAGCUGGAUCAGGCCUUGUGAUGUGGUCGGUCUAAGAAGGUCACAUGAUCCUGAAGAACUGUUCAGAGUCAUAGAGCUAGAUUUAAUAGAUCCAGAUUAAAUAUAGAUCCAGAUUUAAUAGAUCCAGAUGUAGUAGAUCCAGAUGUUAUAGAUCCAGAUGUAAUAUAGAUCCAGAUUUAAUAUAGAUCCACAUGUAACAGAUCCAGAUGUUAUAGAUCCAGAUGUUAUAGAUCCAGAUGUAAUAGAUGUAGAUUAAAUAGAUUCAGAUUUAAUAAAUCCAGAUGUAAUAGAUCCAGGUGUAGUAGAUCCAGAUGUUAUAGAUCCAGAUGUAAUAUAGAUCCAGAUUUAAUAUAGAUCCACAUGUAACAGAUCCAGAUGUAAUAGAUCCAGAUUUAAUAGAUCCAGGUGUAGUAGAUCUAGAUGUAAUAGAUCCAGACGUAAUAGAUCCAGAUGUUAUAGAUCCAGAUUUAAUAGAUGCAGAUUUAAUAGAUCCAGAUUAAAUAUAGAUCCAGAUGUUAUAGAUCCAGAUUUAAUAGAUUCAGAUUUAAUAGAUCCAGAUUAAAUAUAGAUCCAGAUUAAAUAUAGAUCCAGAUUUAAUAAAUCCAGAUGUAAUGGAUCCAGAUUUAAUAGAUCCAGAUUAAAUAUAGAUCCAGAUUUAAUAAAUCCAGAUUUAAUAGAUCCAGAUUAAAUAUAGAUCCAGGUGUUAGAUCCAGAUGUAAUAGAUCCAGGUCUAACAGAUCCGUAUUACCAGAACUGCGGUGUAAAUCCUGGAUCCGUCCUGGA